AUGACAAUAUUUACAGACAUAGGAGGACAAGGCAACUCUGGCAAUUCACUCAGUAAUGUCGCCGGUAUCGCGCAAAGCAAUAACCAGCAAGGACAGCAAGGUGGAAUUGGAGUUGGAAACGUUGUUGGCAUACUUCAAAACAAUCUAGGAGGAUCGCAAGGCAACUCUGGUAGUUCACAAAGUAACGUCGCUAGUAUCGCACAAAGCAAUAACCAGCAGGGUCAACAGGGAGGAAUUGGAAUUGGAAACAUUGCUGGCAUUGUUCAAACUAGUAAAAUUGUUACAGAUAUCAACGGCUUACAAGGCAUUGGUAAUAUUGGACAAAAUAAUGUCGGUGGAAUCCAAGGUAUAAGUAAUGUUGCAAAUAUUGGACAAAGCAAUUACCCAUAUGACCAAGGAAUAAACGGACAAGGUUAUAAUAAUAACCAAAACUUUUACUACAAUUACAACAAUUUCCUUAGAAAUAAUCUUAACAACAAUAACAACAAUAAUGCGUUUGAUAACGAAAGAAACAUCGAAAGGCCCUGUCAAGUCUUCGAUACCUAUUGUAUUAGAAAAUACUUUGCGGAUCACUCGAAAUGCAGAGAAUCCCAAGGCCCUGUUCCUGACCCGAUGUACAGACCUCAGACCACCUUGUACUUGCCUAGAGUCAACCUUACUGUUACAGUGCAUGAUGCACUGUACAGUGGUCUCAAUGGACGAAUUGAGGAAUUUUAUGUUAAUAAAGAAACUGACAAACUCGUUUUGACGAUUGAAUUCCGUAACGUAACUUUCUAUUCGAAAGACGCCUACUACCGCUUCCAUCGGCGUGCGAGAGAACCCAUCGUGAACGUUGACUACAUCUACGUCAAUUUCCAAUCGGUGGUAUCUACGAUUAUCAUCCCCCAAAGAAAUGACCUCCAGCUGGAGAAGAGUGAAAGUGUUUCGUUUAUUUCAAUCCCUACCGUCAGAUUAGGUCCAAAUGCAUUCAAUAGUCAAGAUCCAGUAGUACAGCUAUCCAGAAAUAUGAUACUGGCCGAUGCUGCGACAGAUGCGCAAGAGGCGCAACUGACUGAAAGUCCGUAUUAUACAUCCACGUUCAUACAAUACAGCCUUUGUGAUUUCGGUCUUAAAGUCUUGUAAAUACUACGAGAUGUGUGAAUAAAUAAUAAUUUCGAUACGAA